AAUCUAAUUUACUUAUAGUGUACACAAAUCUUUCGGACAGAAAACAUCUGUUGAAGUGUAAAAUGUUUGCGAAAUUAAAGAAAAAAGUUGAAGAUCUAGAAGGCUCCGACCUACACAAAUUAGCAAAUUCUAUAAGCUUCUCAAAUGUCACUGGAGGUCCCGAAAAAUCUGCUUCAUCGAAUUCAAUUAAGUCUCAUGAUAAUUUUGUGGCUUCAUCGCAAUCCCAGAAAGGAUCAACUACAAGUUUAUCCUCGAUGCAGGGAGGGAUCAGGCCAGAUGAAGCUGAUGCAACAAUAGCUACAGACAAAAAAUGGAAACAAAGGUUAGUUGAAAUAGAAAAUGAGUGGAGAGUCAAAGUUAUGGUGCAAGAACACGAGAAAGAACAGAUUGCAAAAGACCGUGAUUUGCUCAACCAGCAGAAAAGAAAAAUGGAAGAAGAGAUAAAAGAAUUGAAAGGUUAUCAGGAUAAAUGUCUGAAAGCUGAAGAAAGCCUCAAACAGAUGCAAGAAUCGAAUAAACGAGAAUCAGCCUCACUACAGCUCUUGUUGUCAAAUGCCAGUGUUGAAGUUGAAGACAUGAAGGUGAAGGAUGAUCAACUCCAUAAAGAAUUGAUCAAGAAAGAUGAAAUGAUUAAAAUGCUUCAAGUUCAAAUACGUCUCAAUGAGGAGAUGUAUCAAAACAGCAAAAAAUCGGAUUUAGAAGGGAGCAGCCAAGAACCCCAGGUUGAUAGACUAGAACAUGAAAAUCUUCAAAAGCAACUUCAGUUAAAACAUGAAGAAAGGCUGAAAACACUUGAAGAAAGCUUGAUAGCAAAAGAUUGUGAACUUCAACGGUUACAAAGGCAUUUAGAUCAAGGGAAAACGGCCCUUGAUACCAUGACGCAGAAUUGGCAAGAGGAAAAAACCCAUAAUUUAAGUUUAAAAGACAGAAUUGCCCAACUGUCGGAAGAAAAAGAUCACUUUGUUGUUCGGAAUGCUGAACUUUCACAGCAAGUAUCAUUGAGCCAGCAGCAAUUGCAGCGGACCGAGAAGGAGUUGUAUGAACUUCAGGAUAAAUUUUGCAACACGGAGAAGGAGAACCAGCAAAUUAAACUUCUGCUGGCAGACGCGGAAGCCCGAGACGAGAACUCGGAGCGUACUUGCAAAUUACGGUCACAGAUUGCUGAAUUGGAAGCAGCGUUUUCGGAAAAGAACAAAACCAUCAAAUUGCAGCAACAGCGAUUGGCCGACAUGAAAAAGACACUACAAAAGGAAUUGAAGAACCAAAACAAUGACGCUGAUUGUCUUUCAGUGCCUACAUCUUUGCCAAUAGCACCAAAAAGUCCCAUUCUAUCACAAGCCCCGCAAUCUGCCAAGAGUGAAAUGGAAGAAGUGAAUUUUAAGUAUCUGAAACAUGUCAUAUUCAAAUUCUUAACAAGUCGAGAGUAUGAGGCACAGCAUUUAACACGGGCUGUCUCAACCUUGCUGAAAUUGACACAGGACGAGGAAAAACUGUUGAAAGAAACGCUGGAGUGGAAGAUGUCAUGGUUUCGGUCACGACCGGACUUAGGGACCGGACAAGGUGCCAUGUACAUUCCUCCGACGCAUUGAUACCUACCGGCUUCUUGUCGCAAUUUAUUCGUGCAGCAUUUUGCAAGUCGAGCAAGUUUAAUAGCUGAUCUGCUCCAAAGAAUCUUAACCCUGUACAGAAACACUCCAGACUUGAUGUCGUGUACCCUUUACAUUGUAAACCUUACCUCUCGUAUGGCCUCCUUGGAUACUGCAGCUAGUAAUCGUGUAAUAAUGGCUUUUUAUUUAAAAAAAGAAAAUGUUUCCAUUAGUCCUUAA